AUGGCCAUCAACCCCAUUAGGCACAUUUUUGUGGGCCUCCAUGAAGAUGCAUUCAUGCUUUUCGAGGGUGAAAAGGACCUGCAAAAGCUGCUGACAAUCGUCCCAAGUGGGACUAAUUUAAUUUUCGGGAUUGAGCGACCCGGCAAGUCAGCGAAGGCGUGGGCCGGCCGCUGCAAGACUGAGACACCCAAACCGCAACGUGGGGGCCCCGCUGCCGUGGCUGCUGGCAGCUGUGUUGCUCUGCGCUCGGGCGCCUCCGGAACUGGAAACGACAUUUGGACAGCUAUAGAUGUUUCUAGCCAUAGAACACUCCUGACCUGUAAAUUGAAAGAAGCUCUUUCAGCUCCCACUGAGGGUCAUGGAUGGCUGAAGGGUGACAAGGUGUUGAAAGACGAUAAAUCGGAGAGUCUAACCACAGAAUAUGAGGUUGUGUCAGAUGAUAGAUCCGGGGAGUAUCAGUGCAUUUUUCUUCCAGAACUUGCGACUGAUGUACAAGUAAAAGGUCCCCCGAAGGUUUAUAUGAACAAGAAGUCAGAAUAUGGGAAUGAGGGAGACUCGAUAGUUCUUACGUGUAAGAGUUCUUCCUAUCCCUCUAUUGAACAAUGGAAAUGGUACAAAGACUAUGAAGGGGAAGCUAAUGUGAUCCUUGUAAAUGAUACUGAAGGGAGGAUGUCAAUAAUAAGCACCCCUGAAAAAACAGAGCUCCACAUUAAUUCAGCGGAUAUAAAGGAGGAUCCUGGAAAGUACAUCUGCAAUGGCACCAAUUCUGAGGGCUCGGAUACUGCUGUAAUUACUUUGAAAGUGCGCAGCCGUCUGGCUGCACUUUGGCCCUUCCUGGGCAUUGUGGCAGAAGUUCUGAUCCUUGUCAUCAUUAUCUUCAUCUAUGAAAAGAGGAGCAGGACUGAUGAUAUUCCUGAAGAUGAAGAUGGAGGUGCCGCACCACUGAAAUCCAGUUCGGCUGUGAAUGAGAAAGGUAGCAACAUUCGUCAGAGCAAUUCCAACUGAGCAAAGGUGACUUCUGAUGAAGACCUUGCCUGAUGGAUGUGUGUUUGUGUGUGUUUCUUUGCAAUGUAGUGUGGAGUAUAUUCCUAAUGUACCUUGCAAAAUGCAAGUUGUCUUCACCAAAUUAUAGCUAACUAAGUUGUCAAUUCAAACUUUUAAAAAUUGUUGGAGGGUGGCGGUUUUUUCUUUUUUUUAUGUUUUUGGUUUUUUGUCCCAACCCCUCAACACCCUGCCCCCUCAUUUUUGUCCUUUUUUUGUCCCUUGGCCACCAGUCAGUCUGAUCUCUGGCAUUAGUCCCUCAGGGAUGUGGGGUAAUAGAUAUCACGGUCCAUGUGCCUAUCCUCUUCUAGAUGACUCUACCCUUAUUCUCGGUAGUGAGUCACAGAAUUGGGGAGAAAGUUCUCUUGGCAGGAAGAGUCCUUUCUUUUUUUAGAGGCCCGGCUGCCAAUAAGGGAGAAGAUUCCAUAGCAACUGGCCGCGUCUUCAUAAAGGGUAGAAUGUGUAUUAUUGUGUUGUGUGGAGGGAAGAGUCCAGUGGGGCAGAAUAUCAUCUGCUUCUGCCCGUCUAAAUAAAUGAGGUGGCUUAAAAAAGUUUGGUCCUGCUAACCUGCCUGUCUGAAGCAA